AUGAAGCUCCCCGCCUCUCUGAUCCUCCUUCUCCUUGGCGGUGCUAUUGCGGCUCCCACCGACCUCGGAGGCAAGGAACCCGAGUACGAGGUUUGCCACCUCCCCCCCGACCAUAAGGGCAAGGUCCAUCUUGGACACGAUGGCGUGUUGCGGGAAUUCGACGGUGAGAAGAAGGUCACAGCCUUCUGGCCCCUCAGCCCCAAGCAGAUCAAGGAGUUCCAUGACCGCUUCCCCAAGGAGGAGCGGGAGAAACUGCACAAGGCAUUUGAGGGUGUUGAUGGCUGGAAGGUGAAGGAUAUCGAAAAACUUCUUUAUCCAGACGAGAAGCACUUGCCUAAAUAUGAGGAGGAGGAAGAGAAGAAGGAAGGGAAGUGGAGACGAGGAGAUGGUGGAUGGUGGGAGAAGGAUGAGCAUGAGAAAGAGGGGCAUGAAAAGGAGGGACAUGAGAAGGAGGAACAUGAAAAGGAGGGGCAUGAGAAGGAGGAGCACGAGAAGGAGAAGUGGGAAAAGGAGGCGGAAGAAAGGGAAAGGGAAAAGCACGAGAAGGAAGAGAAGGAGAAAUGGGAAGAAGAAAAGCAUGGGAAGGAGGAGAAGCAGAAGUGGGAGAAAGAAAAGCAUGAAAAGGAAGAGAAGGAAAGAGAGAGACAUGAGAAGGAAAAGUGGGAGAAAGAGAAGGCAGAGAAGGAAAAGCAGGAACGAGAGAGGCAUGAGAGGGAGAAGCAUGAGAAGGAGAAAGCAGAAAGGGAACGACAAAAGCACGAGAAGGAAGAGGCGGAGGAGAGACACAGACAACAGGAACAGAGAGAGAGAGAAAGGGCGAAGCAUGAGAAGGAAGAAAAGCAGCACAAGCAAUGGGAAAAGGAAGAGAUAGAAAGACAGAAGAAGGAAGAGUGGGAGAAGGAGAAGGAGCACAAGGAAAAAGAGGAGAAGGAGCAUGAAAAGAAGCCAGGAUGGCCCCAGUGGCCCCAGUGGCCCAAGAAGGAGGAGCAUGAGAAGGAGCAAGAGAAGGAAAAGGACUGCUAG